AUGGCAACUUCAAUUACUACUAGUGCAAUGAUUGUUCUCAAAGGCGAGAAACCUCCAUCAUCGCCUCUUGAAGUGAUCAAUUUCAUCGCGCUCCUCGGGAAAGAUGCCUUGGAACUUUCCAAGCUUCUCCGAUCAUGUCAGGACCCAGGAUCCUUCUACUUAGACCUCUCGGGCAAAACAAAGUAUUUCGACGGCAAUUCCUACCUUAAUUCUCUUCGCGCCUUGUAUCGUCAAUACAAGACUGAUCGCUCUGAAACUUCCGACCCUCGUGGAAGGAGUCACUGUACCGCGGCGAGCUUCAUAGAGUCGAGCUCAGGCUCCUUUACAUCGAGUCAAUCAUCCUACUACGCCUCGGGCAGCUCAUUUCAAGAAGAAGAUCUUGUCUCAACACUAGACGACGAGACCAAGCAUCUAGUCAAAGAGUACACACAUGCCGUCGCUCAUCGGCUCAUCCGCACGCUCUCCCCGUUCAUCGGCAGCGAGCAAGUCCGCAAGUACAUCGCCUCCAUGCACGGUGACAGUGACCCGUCCUAUUCGGAAAUGAGAGUGGACGAGUUUCUCUGUUUGCCGGAAGAAGAUCAUGAUGAAUCUCCCGUGGGGGGAUUUGUCGAUGGCAGUUCCUUUACGCUGCGAUACUGUGAGGAGGAUUUGUUGGAAUACUGGGACUCUGAGAGCGACGGCUGGGCAGGCAUCGAGCCGCGCGACAACUGCCUCAUAGUCAAUGUCGGGGAUGCUCUGCGUACUGCCAGUAAGAAUCAAUUCCAAAGUCCGCUCUACCGGGUUCGGCAGUCAGAAGGGGGACACAUCCGCGGAUCAUCGCCUAGUCGACGAGUCUGUGUCACUCAUCAUUUGUGGCCGAUGGACUGA